AUGGCAUUUAGGGAGAUUUGUGCAAAAAAGGAUCUGAAUCCAAUCAAGGAUUUUGAUAAAGAAGAGGAAAAUCCUCCAGCGCUUCGGGCAAUGAGCCUUGAGGAUACUGGGACGAAACAAGUUAACCCGAAUACCAAAAGACUCAAGAUAAAAUGGGCAGAAGAGGAGAAGAGUAUCGUUCAGGAUAUAAUUAACAAUCAUCAGACCAAUCCAGAGACGCAUGGAAUGACCUUCGUGGAUCUAGAUAGGUAUGCUGUUAAGAAGUUGGCAGAGAAAGGAUAUACUAGAACAGAGAAUGCCGUGGAUGGUUUUCGCAGAGACAGAAAUGCUUAUUACUACAGAAAAGUCAAUGCUGAACAGGCUUUACGGGCUACUUUGCUUGCCAUGCCCUCCAGAGAAGGACUAACCCGACAUUCAGAAGCAACUGGUAAUGCUGAUUUUCCAAUUUUCCCCAGAAAAGGAUUGUUCCAAGGCUCAGGCCUCAUUGCAGGUCAAGGGAGUCAUGGAUUAAAGGUAGGAGGUGCUUGUGGUAUUAGUGUUGGUUCCGAUGAGGCGCCCAUUCGAUCCAGAGCACCGGCUAAUAGCAAGUACCAUUUCGGUCCCGGGGCCAAGAGAAGCUAUCAAGAAAUUAUUGACAAGCUAAAAGCAAAGGAAUCUGACGCUACCAUCGCUCGCAAUCUCCAAGAACCAGAGAACUCGGUAGAAAUUAGCAGACAUGAAUCUCUGGCAGUUGCUGGUGCCAAAUCAAACGAAACUGUCGAUCAAUUCAGCGAGAUCAAGAGAGAAUAUUCCCCGGAAAUGCAGUCACCAAAGAGAAUUCGCGUCACCAAGAUUCCAGGUCGGACUGAAACCCCAUUCAAAGUUCGAGACUCUUCGCUCACCCAGAGAGAGAUUGAGGAUGCUCGGGUGCAAGAAACAAGGAGAGAAAUUGCCCAGCUGGAACGAGACCAGGAGAGAUUUAAUCGUCAGUGGCUAUACCAUGCAGGGGUUGCGGCGGAUUACAAACAGAGCGCCGAAGAGAAAUGGGCAGCUAUUGUUGAGCUUAGGAAGAGCCUUCAAGAAUAG